CAUGCACAUGCGCCCGGCAUGAGUUUUAAACCACCGGGUCCGGGUUGUGAGCUGCGGUCAACUACAUGGGAGUCCAGCGACAUAGCCAUUAUGCUAACUGCUGGUCUCCGCAAGAGGACUGAUUCUCCUGCAGGCCUCAGCACCGUCCUCCACCCAUGCAGUGUGGUCCUUUUGCUGACAGCCCUGGACUGAAUCUAGCAUGAAGUGAAUUGCAGAACAGCCCCCACUCCUCCUUGCAGAAGGGACUAGAGCCAUGUUCACUCUGAGGCUGCUCAGCCCUCAUGAGCACACACAGCCCACAAGGUCUUCUUCCACAGGACCUGCAAGGCGAGAGCGGGCCCACCAGUCAGGGCCAGAGAGCAGAUUCUCAUCCCUGAGCUCCAAACUAAAACACCCUCUCUGCGUUCUUUCUGAGGACCUGCCUGGAAACAAAGUGGGGCUGCUGCUGUUGAGCUUCCGACUUGGGGAGUCAGAGACCUUCCCUGCCUGCAUGCUGGUGCCACUCCACAGCUGUUUUUGGCAAGUCGGAGUCUCUUCAGAGGCCUGGACUCCAGGUCUGCAGGGCUCAGCAUCAGGCCCAUGAGCUCCUGGCUGCUUAGCACCCUCGGCCACACUGAGCACUGACCUCCCUGGACGGGCAAGGAUCUGAUGUCUAAAGCUCUCAUCCUGGAGGGGCAGGCCCUGUGCUCCUCUUGCUCCCAGGCAUGGCCCUGCAAUGCCUUGCCCUCCUGGCCGGCCUUCUGGUGGGAGUUGCCAGCAAGUCCACAGAAAGUGUGGCCCAGCAGCCCGAGUGCUGUGUGGAUGUGGUGGAUGCCAAUGCUACCUGUCCAGGCACAAGCCUGUGUGGCCCAGGAUGCUACAGACGUUGGAAUGCGGAUGGGAUGGUCAGCUGUGUCCGAUGCAGGAACGGAACCUUCCCAGCCUAUAAUGGCUCUGAGUGCAGAAGCCCUGCUGGCCGAGGUGUGCAAUUCCCCAUGAAUAGGAGCACAGGAACACCUGGGCGGCCACAUCUCGGGGGCCCUCACGUGGCAGCCUCCCUCUUCCUGGGGACGUUCUUCAUCAGCUCAGGCCUCAUCCUCUCCGUGGCUGGGUUCUUCUACCUCAAGCGCUCCAGUAAGCUCCCCAGGGUCUUCUACAGAAGAAACAAAGCCCCAGCCCUGCAGCCUGGGGAAGCCGCAGCGAUGAUUCCACCGCCACAGUCCUCAGUGCGGAAACCACGCUACGUCAGGCGUGAGCGGCCCCCAGACAGGGCCACGGACCCCGCUGCCUUCUCCUCGGUGGAGACCCGCGUCAGCAAUGUCUGAGACUCCCACGCACUGCGCAGCAGAGACCUGGAGGCCGCCCCCUUGGAGGGAGUCCAGUAUACAAAGGGCCCGUGUUGCCUGGGGCUUGGGACAGGCCAGACAGACGUGGCUCUGGGUCCACACUGAGUGGGAGCCCACUUCACUUUGCAGCCGGAAGGUCCUUCCCACCCAGAGCUGCUUGGUUUAACGGACCAGAAGUAGGCAGUGUGAGACCUGGGAGGCUCAGGAGCUAGGCUGCAUGGGAUCCAGGCUCCUCAGGAGAUGCAGCCAAGAUGCAGGUCUUAUCCAAAUGGCUAGAAAUGGUAUAGCUUGCAGGAGCUGCCAGCCUGCUAGGUACCUUGAAAAGCCAGGGGGGCUUGGCCACUCUGUCCUUCACAGCCUGUGAUGGGCAGGGCCCCCCUUCAGCAUCACCAGGCCAAAUGGCUCCUGACACCCCUUCUAAGAGGAGUGAAACCAAGGCCUUCAAGGUUCGGCCAGUGCUGGCCAGUGGGGAAGAUGUGGCCUGGGAACCAGCCACCCAGACCGGGGCACCUUCAGGGCCAUACUGCUAAGGCAGCCAAGACCCCCCACGACGUGCCCACACAUUUGCAGGAGCUGCAUAAUCAUUCCCAGUUUCCCAUUGCUUCUUUCUGUUUUAAAGCAGAAAUUCAUUGUGUGGAAAAGUGCUGGCUGGCAGUCAUCCUUGGCCCAGGUAUGGCAGAUCUCUGGCCACCUAGGGACAGACUAGCCAGUGGACACUGGCCCAGAAGGCCAGGCACCUACAAUGAAUGGCGUGUCUACCUAUGGAAGCUUUCACAUCUAAAUCCUGCAGGUUGCUGGCAUCACACGACCUGCAAGGGCUGUACUGGCCGGUGGCCCUUGUCCUGGAGGUCUUGUUCUGGCCACUGGGUAUGACUCCUGUGCCUUUCUGGCUUGAGAGGUGGCCAGUGGGUCCUGCAGAGAAAGGAGCUUCGUGACUACCUACAUGCUGGGUUCAGCUCAAGAGCCCCAGCUGUGACCAGCACUGGUUCCUUUAAUGUCUGGUUCACGCCUGAGGUGCCCGAGGUAGGACCUAUGCAGUUGGCCUGACCAUCCAGGUCCCUCCACACUUCUCUGCACCCCGAUGUCUAGGGCUGGCUGCCUAAGCCUUGGGCCAGCAGGUUUAUACAACAGCAGGGCCUGGGGGUGAUUUUUUUUUUAAGUUUGCUAUAGGGUAUGUGUACUUAUUAGAGAGAGGCAG